UGUCACUGCAAAGUCGGCAUGGUGGGGAGGCUCACGUGUUUGACCUCUGGAAGACCGAUCGUCUGUGUUCCCAGCUGACCUCUACCCGAGCGCCUGCGGUCGUAUUCGAACCACACCUGCUGCUCGCUGAUGAUUUUGGGGGUGGGCCAGUUGAUGUGUUGAUCGGUGCCGACCUCAUGUACCGAGUUGUGCUAUGGGAACAAGUGCGACUGACUGAGCAUCUCAGGGCCCUGGAGACGGUGUUCGGCUACGUGCUGCACGGCCGAGACGACGUGCCGGUCUGCCAGCCGAUGAAGUACGCGCUCCGCUGCAGCCGCCUUCAGACGCAGGACUUCAGGCCGGAACAGCUCUGGAGUCUGGAAACGCUCGGCAUCACCGCGGAGGAGGAGAAAGCAGGACCAUCGGCGAUACCGAGAUGGAGUGAUGCAGACCAAAGGUACGAGAUGAAUCUUCUGUGGAAGUCAGGUGACCGUCCUGUAUCCAAUCUCAGCUCGACGGCGGCGCGGACCAGGCGCAUGGAGAGUCGACUGACGUCAUCUGAGCGAGAGGAGUACGACCGACACCUGGCGGAACUUCAGCGAACCGGCGUCGUAGAAGUGUCACCAGUCGAAGAAAUGGAUGGCUUCUACCUACCACACAGAGGUAUCUGGCGAAACGGGAAACUGAGGGUCGUGUAUGACGGUUCCGCCACGGACGCUACUGGUCGCAGCCUAAACGAUUACCUGGACGCUGGAGGCAACCUGCUGCGGCGCCUACCAGCGGUGCUGCUGAAUUUCAGGCGGGACCUGGUUGCAGCCCAGGCAGACAUCCGAGCCGCGUUUCAUCAGGUGUCUGUCGCCAGAGAUGAUCGCAAGUUUCUGCAGUUUCUCUGGGAGGAUAGAUGUCUACGUUUCAGACGCGUCCCGUUCGGGAUAACCUGCUCACCCUAUAUGCUGCUGCAAACAAUAUCCACCCACCUUGGUCUGUACAGUGCCACCGAUCCAUCACUCUGUAGGAAACUGGAAGCUGGAUUGUACAUGGACGACGUAUGCGUCUCCUUCCACAGCAGAGGCGAGGCUGAGUCAAGUAUGAAGAGGACUGAGAAGAUAUUCUCUGAUGCCGGAAUGGAGCUGCAUAAGCUGCACAUCACUGGAGACGACACUGGAGCGGAGGCCCACGUCCUGGGCCUGAGAUGGUGUACCAGCUCUGAUCGUCUCGCCGUGUGUGUACCUCCCCUGCCAGCCAUAACCACAAAACGCCAACUGCUGUCGACGCUGUGCAAGCCGUAUGAUCCUCUGGGCGUGCUCUCACCUUGGCUCGUUACCGGCCGAGCUCUGUUUCAGAGGACCUGCACGGGAGAGUCUCCUGACUGGGACGAGGAGAUGAAGUCUGACAUCAAGAAGGAGCUAGCCAUUUGGUGCAGGGGAGCGUCGGACCGCGCUGUGUGGUUUCCUCGCACCGUUCGGAUAGCGGAUGACGUGACCUAUCACGUGUUUUGUGACGCAUCGAAGGUCGCGUACUGCAGCGCCAUCUAUGUCGCUUGUGAUGGAGGUGUCAGGCUGUUGAUCGCCAAAUCCCGUCUUGCACCCGCUGCCUCCUCCCUCAGCGUUCCGCGACUGGAACUGAUGGCGGCGCUCAUCGGCUGUCGUCUGAUGGACUUCGUGAUUCGAUCACUGGACCUCAGCAACCCACGAGUCGUGUACUGGACGGACGCGAUGGACGUCCUCUACUGGCUGGAUCAGCGCCGGGCAUUGAAGGUGUUCGUCCGGAACCGGGUGACUUCAAUUCUCCAGCUUACCAGCCGAGACAACUGGCGGUACGUCCGAGGGCAGGACAACCCGGCAGAUCUAGGUACGCGAGGCAUGUCCCUGUCAGACCUGACAGCGUGUGAUGUCUGGUGGCGUGGGCCCGCUUUCCUCAGGUCCGCCUCUGCUGGACCGCAGCCGGCACUGGCAGCUGUGGGUGCUGAUCUGCUGCUGUCUACCGAGGCGGCCGUCGAGCUGAAACCGGAAGAAGUUCAGACGAGGGUGCGGUUGAUCGCAAGUCAAGGUGAGAAAGUGCCGUUCGACGUGACUGCCUGCUCUCACCUCUCCCAGGCCGUGGACAGACUGGCGUGGAUGCGCCGCUUCAUCUCCAACUGCCGCCUGCCGAGGACAGAGCGGAUGACCGGACCGCUCACUCCAGAGGAGAGGAUGGUGAGUUUAAGAUAUUGGAUUCGAGCCGCGCAGCAUGGUGCAUAUCAAAGAGAAAUGCAAACUGUUCGCACUGACCAGCUGCUUCCGCCAGGGUCGCCCCUUGACAAGCUCCGUCCGCAGCUCGCUGACGAUGGACUGCUGGAGGCGACUCUCCGGACUGGAGAGCGACCGGUGCCCAUCUUGCCUGAUCUCUCUCACAUCACGACGUUGAUUGUCGAGGAAGCGCACCGACGGUGUUUUCAUCAAGGGACGCGCGUCACUCUGGCUCUUCUCUCAGCUGAGUAUGCGGUGAGAAGACGGACGGUUCGCCGCGCUGUAGACACUUGUCGCCGAUGUCGACGAUACCGUUCUUUGCCCUACAGAUCGCCAGAGGGUGUUCUGCCGAGUUUUCGGACACAACCGUCUCGCCCCUUCGCCAAAGUCGGAGUUGAUUACUUCGGCCCGCUGUACGUCAACAACAGCGCCACCAAGGGCGUGGAAGCAUCGAAAGAGGGUGUGUGACCACCUGACCCGGCGCUGGAGCACAGAGUACCUCCGCGCUCUUCGCUGUUGGAGCAAGUCGCCACGGGGGAGGCCCGACCGCACGCCCGGAGUUGGUGACGUCAUCCUCGUGCAGAACGAGGGACCGCGCGGCCGGUGGCCGCUGGCGCGCGUGAUGCAGCUGCUUCACGGUCCUGACGGCCAAGCGCGUGCUGCUACUGUCCGUGUGCGCGGGCGUCCCACGCGCCGCCCUCUCAGCCGGCUCUAUCAGUUGGAAGCAUCCGAGUGAUACCUAACGUGAGGUGUUCUAUGUCACUGCGGAACGUCGCUUGUUUGUUUGUUUUGUGAUGUAAGCUGCUGUGUGUUACCGGGCCACCGUGAUGUCUAGAUAUUCGUAUUCAAGUCGGUUAUUGCGAAAUCUUGUGAGAUUUCGGGUGGGGAGUGUAUGUCGGAAGUACUUACCGUCAUAAAGUUGUUUUGCAAUUGGAAAGUUUUCCCUUCACGCGCUACGUAUGCGCUGCCAUUUUUAUUUGGUAACAUUGUUCGGGUGGGAGGUGGCGCGCCAGUCGAAUACAGUGCACCGUGAGAGCUCCGCCUGUUUGUACCGUUUGUACGGGAAGCCGACCGAGAAGAGAGACUGAAACUGAUCGCCGUUUUGCUUAUAUAUUUUAAUUGUAAA